AUGUCUGUCCACGGCUUUAAAUGUCUUAUGCCGUACUGUCAGUCCAUAUUCGACAGUAAGACCAGUCUUAAGGACCAUAUGGUGAGCGACCACUCAUUGGCGCCCUUUGAAUGCGAAUAUAAUUCAUGCGAUCAUAUGUUUACCACUGAAGAGGAUCUUACGGAACACGUGUGUGAAAGACAUACGAAGCGAACCAAUUGCCAGAAGUUCUUACGAUCGGGUAUUGAACUCGAGUGCCACCGGAGUCUACAAACGAGUCGUAAACAAUUGAAAUGUUCGGUCAAAGGUUGCGAUUAUAAGUGUAAUAAUAGGAACGAAUUGGAGGCACAUGUGAACAAACAUAUGGGUCUUAAGCCAUACAAGUGUCACAUCGAGGGCUGUGGCAAACAAUUCCCUAUCAGACAUGCACUCCAAAAGCACAUCCGUUUAGUGCACAGUUUGGUCCGGAAUUAUAUCUGCGAUCACGAGAACUGCAACAAAGCCUUGAAAACUGGUUACUCAUUAAGGAUUCAUCAGAAAGAGAAGCACUACAAAGAGGGACAGGUAUACAAAUGCCCGAAACCGGGUUGUGACCGCGUGUUCAAUAGGGGCAGUGCGUUGGCGUCACACUCCUUAGUCCACAAGGAGGCGUCCCUACGGUGCGAAUACCCCGGCUGUGAGUACUCGGCGAAGAAGGUAUACAUAUUGCGCAGACAUCAGAGAACACACAACCCGGAGAAGCCGUUCCCAUGCGAGUGGCCCGGCUGUGAGUUCCGCACCAAAUGGGCGUUCCUGUUGAAACCCCACGCACUGACCCACACCACCGCUGGUCAGACCAAUCACGUCUGUCCGAAGUGUGGCAAAGGGUUUCAAACGCCGCUCCUUUUGAAGACACAUAUGAAGAUCCACAGCGAGAACCGCAAGUCCUAUGUGUGUCCUCACGAGGAAUGCGGUGGUAAG